AUGCCCGAACAAGGCCCAAGGAUGAAUGGUUUUUCCCUCGGCGAACUAUGCUGGCUAUUCUGUUGCCCACCCUGUCCCAGUCGCAUCGCGUCUAAACUAGCCUUUCUCCCACCCGAACCCACGUACUCCGUGCACACCGAUGCUAACGGGACGAGUAGCCUGCAUCUAACCGAGCGAGCAGACUGGCAGUACUCCCAACGUGAACUGGACGCUGUCGAGGUGUUCAACACCAGAACCAGUCGGGGAAACCGUGUGGGGUGCAUGUUCGUACGAUGCGCACCCAACAGCCGGUACACGCUGCUCUUUUCCCACGGUAACGCAGUGGACUUAGGCCAAAUGUGUAGUUUCUACAUCGGCCUCGGUUCGAGGAUAAACUGCAACGUCUUCUCGUAUGAUUAUUCGGGCUACGGUGUCAGCAGCGGGAAACCGUCAGAAAAGAAUCUGUAUGCGGACAUCGAGGCUGCCUGGCAGGUGCUAAGGAACAAGUGA